AUGCCGGGUGAAAAAGAACCCACUAACCCGGGACACAGGGCCAGUGACGGCUCGCCGGGGCCCCCCGCCAAAAGACACGUCCGGGGCGCGUCCCAGAACGGCGAGGACACCACAGAACCGUCACUCCCUCCCUCACCCACAUCCAAGGAAACGCUAGACAAGAUUCCCAAGGCUUCGCGAGCAGUCCACCCCCACACCAUGUCCCACCACCCUCUUAAACAGUCCACCCCCACCACAUGUCCCUCCACCCUCCCAGAGCAGUCCACCCACACACCAUGUCCCACCACCCUCUUAAACAGUCCACCAACACCACAUGUCCCUCCACCCUCCCAGAGCAGUCCACCCCCACCACAUGUCUUUCCCCCCUACCAAAGCAGUCCACCCCCACCACAUGUCCCUCCACCCUCUAAAGCAGUCCACCCCCACCACAUGUCCCUCCACCCUCUAAAGCAGUCCACCCACACCACAAGUCCCUCCACCCUCUAA